GCGGCGGGCGGCGGGGGGCGCGGGGCUGCGCGGAGAGGCACGCGCACGCACGACGCACGCACGCACGACGCACGCGCCUCCGGCUAGGAAGCCGCUGCUACCCAUCCCGUCCGGCCACUGCCCCGGCCCCGCUGGAGCUUCUAGGGCCCGAAGCGGGCGGCGCCGUUGGGCAGUCCCGGCGGGUGGUCUCCGGGGCCGCCUCCCCGACAGCGCCUUCUCCAGGCCGCCCAGUUCAGGAGACGGCCCCGCCCUCACCGCUGUUCGGCUGUGUCAGCCUCGCUUGGCAGCCUUUACCCCGGAGAAGACCUUCACCCUGGCGCCUGAGAGGACCUCACCCAGGGCGGCCCGUCAGCAGCACCUGGGCCUGGCUCGAGAGUGACCUGGGAGGGGGCUGAAAGGACAGACAAGGGAGAGUCGGGGGAGUCGGUUCACAGGCAGCACACUUGGCCUGUGAGGGGGCCCUCGGUGGGACGCUCUUCCUGCAGACUCUUUUUUCCCGAGGAUCCUGUUAAGAUUGUCCGGGCCCAAGGGCAGUACAUGUACGAUGAACAGGGGGCAGAAUACAUCGAUUGCAUCAGCAAUGUGGCGCACGUUGGGCACUGCCACCCUCUCGUGGUCCGAGCAGCACAUGAACAGAACCAGGUGCUCAACACCAACAGCCGGUACCUGCAUGACAACAUCGUGGACUAUGCGCAGAGGCUGUCAGAGACCCUGCCGGAGCAGCUCUGUGUGUUCUAUUUCCUGAAUUCUGGGUCAGAAGCCAAUGACCUGGCCCUGAGGCUGGCUCGCCACUACACGGGACACCAGGACGUGGUGGUAUUAGAUCAUGCGUAUCACGGCCACCUGAGCUCCCUGAUUGACAUCAGUCCCUACAAGUUCCGCAACCUGGAUGGCCAGAAGGAGUGGGUCCACGUGGCACCUCUCCCAGACACCUACCGGGGCCCCUACCGGGAGGACCACCCCAACCCAGCUAUGGCCUAUGCCAACGAGGUGAAACGUGUGGUCAGCAGUGCACAGGAGAAGGGCAGGAAGAUUGCAGCCUUCUUCGCUGAGUCUCUGCCCAGUGUGGGAGGGCAGAUCAUUCCCCCUGCUGGCUACUUCUCCCAAGUGGCAGACCCCCGUGUCAGUCAUCUCCUCUGCCACAGGCACAUCCGCAAGGCCGGAGGGGUCUUUGUUGCAGAUGAGAUCCAGGUUGGCUUUGGCCGGGUAGGCAAGCACUUCUGGGCCUUCCAGCUCCAGGGAAAAGACUUCGUCCCUGACAUCGUCACCAUGGGCAAGUCCAUUGGCAAUGGCCACCCUGUUGCCUGCGUGGCCGCAACCCAGCCUGUGGCGAGGGCAUUUGAAGCCACCGGCGUUGAGUACUUCAACACGUUUGGGGGCAGCCCAGUGUCCUGCGCUGUGGGGCUGGCUGUCCUGAAUGUCUUGGAGAAGGAGCAGCUCCAGGAUCAUGCCACCAGUGUAGGCAGCUUCCUGAUGGAGCUCCUCGGGCAGCAAAAAAUCAAACAUCCCAUCGUCGGGGAUGUCAGGGGUGUUGGGCUCUUCAUUGGUGUGGAUCUGAUCAAAGAUGAGGCCACAAGGACACCAGCAACUGAAGAGGCUGCCUACUUGGUAUCAAGGCUGAAGGAGAACUACGUUUUGCUGAGCACUGAUGGCCCUGGGAGGAACAUCCUGAAGUUUAAGCCCCCAAUGUGCUUCAGCCUGGACAAUGCACGGCAGGUGGUGGCAAAGCUGGAUGCCAUUCUGACUGACAUGGAAGAGAAGGUGAGAAGUUGUGAAACGCUGAGGCUCCAGCCCUAAGCCAGCCCUGCUCUGCCUAAGUGUACUCCAGAAGAAACUCAUCUCAUCCAAACACACGCUAUUGAGAAGGCGAGCCUGACCUCCCUCCUACAGAUAAAGUCAGCUUUCAGAGGCUCAGGGUGGGGGGCCUGCCUGAGGCCAUAAUGCUUACCCACCCCCUCCUCCUAACCACUGGUCUGUUGGGAUAACCCAGAUGUCUGCAUCCCCUCAAGUCAGUCAAUUUCUUUUCUGUCCACUGGGGGUGGAAUGGGGUAGGGUGGGGUACUUUAAAGUGCUCCUGCUUAAAUAGACCAGACCAGUGUAUUUCUAAAGAAAAUCCUGACAUGCACACCCAUUAAAAAUAGUACAUUUUA